AUGCCACAAAGCAUCAAGCUCCCGCAGAAUGCAGGGUUUGCUUUCCAUUAUGCAGCUAGCCUUCGUCAAUUGGAUCUUUCAUUGCUCUCAGAGCUUUGGACGCUUAGCGAGGCCAUGGCAUCUUGGCGCCGACAGUUGGAGCGAGGCACGCGACUUAGACCCGCGCCGCCACCACCACCACCACCCCACUACCUUAGAACCUAA